GAUACGAACAACAUGGCGGCGUCCAUUGUCAGGGUGACGGGUCUGAUUUGUAGAGUUCAUGGCGCUCUCCAUGCAAGGAGGAACUUGUCAUCUUCACAAACUUUGGUUCAGAAGAUUCCAAAUGCCUUAUGGAACUUAGGACGCCUGAAUCAUGUAGCCAUUGCUGUGCCUGACUUAGAAAAAGCCAAAUCAUUAUACCAAGAUGUUUUGGGAGCAAAAGUGAGUGAGACCGUUCCCCUUCCCGACCAUGGAGUAUAUACCAUUUUUGUGGAGCUUGGAAACACAAAGCUGGAACUCCUCCAUCCUCUAGGACAGAACAGCCCUAUCUCCGGCUUCCUUCAGAAAAACAAGGCCGGUGGAAUGCAUCACAUUUGCAUUGAGGUUGAUGACAUCAAAAAAGCAAUGUCAGAUCUGAAACAGAAAAACAUUCGGUUAUUAAGUGAAGAACCAAGAAUUGGUGCACAUGGAAAACCAGUUGUCUUCUUGCACCCAAAAGACUGUGACGGAGUCCUGGUGGAGCUGGAGGAAGCCUAAUGAAAUGCUGACAUAUACAGAACCGGGAACAUGUAAAGAUAAUUGUAGUCCAAGAAGUCAAAUCUAAUUAUAUCGCCAUAUCAUUGAUUUUCUAGACCACACUGGGGUUACUCUUACAAGUGAAAUAAAUCUGUUUAGCCACCAGGAAA